CAUUCCACGAAAGAACAUGGAAGAACGUAAAUGUUGAAGGAUCUUGUCAUUUUGUCGUGUUGCUGAUCCUUUAAAACGGUACGAGUCCGAGACGAAGCAACGCAUACAAAAUUUCGGACGAAAUUAAGUCGUCGUUACUCUGAAGUAUGGCAGAGUAUCUCGACUCUGAAGCGGACGUGAGCGAGGGUGAAGAGGAGUUGGACCAGAAUGAGAAGAAAAAACUGAGGAAGUUGAAGGCGGUAGAGGAGAGCGAUGACGAGGAGGAAGAUGAUGAGGAUCAGUUGCGCGAGGAACUGAAAGAUUUGAUAGACGACAAUCCUAUAGAGGAAAGCGAAGGUGAAGACAGUGACGGUUCUAAUCAUCAUAAGAAGCGUAAGAAAAGUGAUGAUGAGGAUUUUGAUGAUCGCUUGGAAGAUGAAGAUUACGAUCUGAUUGAAGAAAAUUUAGGCGUUAAGCUUGAAAGAAAACGUUUUAAACGUCUUCGAAGAAUCCAAGAUGAGGAAUCAGAGGAAGAACAAGAAAAAGAAGCAGAUGAAGAAAGGGACGCUAUUGCCAAUGAAUUGUUUGAAGGUUCCGGAGAUGAAAGGGAUGUUAUUACGGAGGACGAAAGACGGAGUGAACGAAGUCAUAGGCCGGAGGCGGAUACCUUUGAGGAAGGUAGUGACGAAGGCGAAUACACUGAUGCGGAUGAUUUUAUUGUUGACGAUGAUGGUAGACCUAUCGCAGAGAAAAGGAAGAAAAAGAAGCCAAUAUUUUCUGAUGCAGCAUUGCAAGAAGCACAGGACAUUUUUGGUGUUGAUUUUGAUUAUGAUGAAUUCGGUAAAUAUGGCGAAGAGGAUUAUGAAGAAGAAGAGGAAGAAGAAGAGGAUGAAUACAUGGAUGAAGAUGCUGAUACUGAACGGCCGCGGCGACCAAAGAAGCAGUUGAAGAAAAAGACCACAAGAAAGAGUAUCUUCGAGAUUUACGAGCCUAGUGAAUUGAAACGCGGUCACUUUACUGAUAUGGAUAAUGAGAUACGUAAUACAGAUAUACCAGAAAGAAUGCAACUUAGAUCUGUACCAGUCACAUCAGUUCAGGAAGGUUCUGAUGAACUGGAUCUCGAAGCAGAAUGGAUCUAUAAGCAAGCAUUCUGCAAGCCUACAGUCUCCAUUCAGGAUGCCCACUUGAAUGCUGAGGCUAAGGAACGGGCACGAAAAGGACCACAGACUAUCGGCAAGAUCAAGAAAGCCUUGGACUUUAUGCGCAAUCAACAUUUUGAAGUCCCUUUUAUAUCUUUCUAUAGAAAGGAGUAUGUGCUGCCCGAGUUGAACAUUAAUGACUUGUGGAAAGUUUAUAAGUUUGACGCGAAAUGGUGUCAGUUGAGCCAACGGAAAGAGAACCUGCUCAAACUAUUUGAUAAGAUGCGCAAUUAUCAACUGGAUGAAAUCAUGAAGAAUCCGGACGCUCCGUUGCCAGAUAACGUGCGAGUGAUCAAAGACGACGACAUUGAGCGACUGAAGAAUGUGCAGACAAGUGAAGAGCUCAAUGAUGUCUAUAAUCAUUUCAUGUUGUAUUAUAGUCACGAGAUUCAGGCGAUGCAGGAAUCCGUGCGACAGAAGGAGAAGCAGGCACGACGUGAAGAGAGGAUUCAGCGACGUAAACAACAAAUUGCUGAGGCAGAAGAAAAUGGAGAGGAUCCGCCGGAGGAGGAAGAAAUACCGGAGGAAGAAGAAGUCGACGAUACGCUGAAGCAAGCUGUUAGAAGCGGCCCAUACUCAAUCUGUCGGAAGGCCGGUUUGGAUGGUCUGGCGAAGAAGUUUGGCUUAACACCCGAACACUACGCCGAGAAUCUGCGUGAUAAUUAUCAGCGUCACGAGGUAGAUCAGGAGCCGACCGAACCGACGACAAUUGCGACUGAGUAUUCUAGUUCGCGAUUUAAGACCGCGGAAGAAGUAUUGAAGGCUGCUCAGCUGAUGGUGGCGAUUCAGGUGGCACGCGAGCCGCUCGUGCGUAAAUGCGUGCGCGAGAUGUACAUGGAACGUGCUAAGAUGUCCGUGAAGCCAACGAAGAAGGGCAUUAAAGAGAUCGACGAGAAUCAUCCAAUCUACACAAUGAAAUAUCUGAAGGACAAGCCGGUGCGUGAUCUAGUAGGCGUUCAAUUCUUAAAUCUGAUGAUUGCUGAGGAGGACAAACUCAUUACGAUUACACUCAGUGAUGCUAUUGAGGGCAACACCAGCAAUAACUAUGUCGAUGAAAUGAAGCAGCUCUAUUGCCGUGAUGAGUUCAGCAAACUCGUACAAGAUUGGAAUGCCUUGCGUGUAGGCAGCGUCGAAAUCGCCCUUAAUCGCAUGGUAAUACCACAUCUAAAGAAAGAGUUGAGCGCGAAUUUAAUCGCUGAGGCGAAGGAAUGCGUGAUGCGCUCGUGUUGCCGCAAGAUAUACAAGGAUCUCCGAGUAUUAUAUCAAUCGUCGAGUGCGGAAAAAUUGUUCGAUGUUUUGACAAAGGAAACACCCGAGACUUUUUACGUCGGCAAGUUAGUGUUGGCUACCGUGGUCGGCAUCAGUCAUCGAAAACCACAGGGUGAUCAGCUUGAUCAGGCGAACCCGGUGCGAAACGAAGAGACUGGUCUGUGGCAAUGUCCUUUUUGCCUGAAGAACGACUUUCCCGAAUUAUCGGAGGUAUGGAAUCACUUCGAUGCUGGCGCUUGUCCGGGUAAAGCUACCGGCGUGAGAUUGCGACUGGACAAUGGUAUCUCCGGUUAUAUUCACAUCAAGAAUCUUUCGGACCGGCACGUCGCAAACCCCUGCGAGAGAGUCGGUAUGGGACAGAUUAUUCAUUGCCGGAUCAUUAAAAUCGAAGUAGAUCGAUUCAGUGUCGAAUGUACCAGCAAGAGCAGCGAUCUCGCUGACAAAAAUCAUGAAUGGAGGCCACAGCGAGAUCCAUUUUAUGACACCGAAUCCGAGCAAAGAGAUAUAAAGGUAGAAGAGGACGCGAAGAAAGCAAAACAGCGGCAGAUUUAUGUAAAACGCGUUAUCGUCCAUCCAUCCUUCCAUAAUAUCAGUUUUGCCGAGACUGUAAAAUUAAUGCAGACAAUGAAGCAGGGCGAGGCAAUAGUGAGACCGAGCAGCAAAGGCGCCGACCAUUUGACAGUCACGUGGAAAGUCACUGAUGACAUUUUACAGCACAUCGAUGUUCGUGAGGAGGGUAAAGAGAAUGCUUUUUCAUUGGGACAAAGCCUAUGGAUAGGCAACGAGGAAUUUGAAGAUCUAGACGAGAUUAUCGCUCGACAUGUAAAUCCUAUGGCUGCUUAUGCCUCCGAAUUGCUAGAUUUCAAAUACUACAAGCCCACUGUAGAGGGAAUCAAGGAUAAAGCGGAGGAGAUACUAAAAGAACAGAAAAAGGAGAAUCCUAAUGGAAUUCCAUAUAUCAUAUCAGCAGCUAAGACUUAUCCUGGAAAGUUCUUACUCUCGUAUCUGCCGCGCACUCGUUGCCGUCACGAGUACGUCACCGUGACAUCCGAGGGCUUCAGAUUCCGGGCGCAAAUGUUCGGUAGAGUGAGCGACCUAUUACGCUGGUUCAAGGAACACUUUAGGGAUCCCGUUCCUGGACAAUCCACUCCUAGUACACCGCGCGGUGCGAUGACUUCUAGAACACCUUACACUACUACGCCAGGAACAGUCAGCGGAAUGAAUCAAGAAGCAAUACAGCGAGUUGCACAGAAUCUUCCACAUCACAUGUUACACUCGUUAUCACAAGUGGCGAAUCAAACGCCGCAUCAUUAUCCGCCACACACCCCGGGAGCGGCUAGUACUACCGGCUAUGGCGGAGGACACACGUAUCCCAAUACGCCGUACACGCCGUCUGGUCAAACUCCGUUUAUGACCCCGUACCAGACGCCGCAUCAUAGCCAGCCCACUCCCAGAUACGGUCAACAAACCCCUAGCCAUCAUCAAGGGCCCUUUGUACAUCCGCCGCCGCCCUCGAUGACACCCAGCCAUCACAGGUCUGCUCAAUCGCACAGACCUACACCACCCCUGUCUACUCCUUCCGGUGAUCCCAUGGAUUGGAAGAAAGUUGCCGAAGCAUGGGCACGUUUAAAAAGCGGUCCUCGAGUCUCCGGAUCGACACCUAGAUACGAAGUGUCUAGAAAAACUCCGCGUAGCUAUGAUGAGUCAUCUGACAGAACGACGCCUUCCGGAAGGAGUAGACCCUCCACACGUACUCCAUCGUAUAAAUCUCCGCGAGGUACUCCACACACGAAUUCUAGUCCACGGAGUAUGUCCCUCAGCGGAGAUGGUACUCCUUUAUACGACGAGAGCUAACGGGAUUGUGCAUAGCUGAUUUAUAUUUAUUAGUUACGUCUCAUAUCAUGCUAUGUAUGAAAUAGUAAGAGUACGCGUCUCAAAACAUCGUUGAUCGCUCGCGUCGAAUCGAUCAUUGAUCGCUGUAGACAUGCAACAUGCGUAGUGAAUUCCACUUUCUUGCACGCGAGAUUUUGUUUGCGAAUCAAGAAAGGAAUCGUCGAUUGGUUAUUAUAAACUACGGUGUUGUACUGUAAUUUAUUUAUUAUGUAAUAUUUUCGCGGUUUCUUCCUAUGUACAUAAUAAAAUUUUAUGGAAACUUUAUGAAGGCCUCAUGAACACGCUCUGCAAUUUCUUGAUUCACUUUCCUACACAUGAUGGCAUCAAUGAGAAAAAUAAUUUGAAUAAAAAAUUGGAAUUUACUAUAAUUUACGAACGGUUCUUAUUUAUCAGUGACUAUAGAAAGAUAUUAAAUAUAAGACUAUGGU